ACGAAUCGGAAAACACAGCAGAAACGGAGAAAAGAAGACAGAGACAACAACCAUUGUUCUGUUCUGUCGGAGAAAUGGAUCGGAGAAAAACCCUAAACCCUAAUUUCUUCUUCGUCCUGUUGAUCAUUCUCUUUUCUUGUUUCUCAAGCAACGCGCAAUCGACCUGCGACUCUUACAGAUUCUCCAACAACAACGUCUUCGCCAACUGUUCUUCCUUGCCGGCCCUCGGCUCGUUCCUCCACUGGACCUACGACGAGGCCACGGGCACUACCUCCAUCGCCUUUCGCCGGCCCGGAACUUCCCCCUCCUCGUGGAUCGCCUGGGGACUAAACCCUAGCGGACAGCAGAUGCUUGGGACACAAGCGAUCGUCGCUUUCACCGGCUCCAACGGUCAGUUCCAGGCGUACACCUCCCCCGUCACGAGCUACAACACGCAGCUCCCGAGAGGCGAUCUCAGCUUCCGGGUUUCGCGGGUCUCGGGCAGCAUGUCGGGCGACGAAGCCAUCAUCUUUGCCACCCUUGAGUUGCCGGGAAACAUGGUUCAGACCAACCAGGUUUGGCAAGUGGGUCCCGUCUCCGGCGGAGUUCCUCAGAUCCAUCCGACGUCCGGAGAGAAUGGUCGAUCUGUCAGUCGGAUCAAUUUCCGUUCAGGUCAGGCCGUGUCCGGCGGCGGCGGCCAGGCCGUGUCCGACAGGGAGAAGAAGAGAAACAGGCAUGGAGUGCUGAGUGCGGUGAGCUGGGGGAUAUUGAUGCCAAUGGGAGCAAUAAUGGCGAGGUACGUGAAGGUCUUUGCCGACCCAGCAUGGUUCUACUUGCACAUCGCGUGCCAAUUCUCGGCCUAUGUGGUCGGAAUCGCCGGUUGGGCCACCGGGAUCAAGCUCGGAAACGAUUCUCCGGGCACUUCCUACUCCGCCCACCGCAACAUCGGUAUCACCCUCCUCGUCUUCGCUACUCUUCAGGUAUUUGCAAUGCUGCUGAGGCCAAAGCCGGACAACAAGUACAGAAUGUAUUGGAACAUAUACCACCACGCGGUAGGAUACUCGACGAUAAUACUGAGCAUCGUAAACGUGUUCAAAGGGUUGGACAUAUUGGACCCCGAAGACAAAUGGAGAUGGUCUUACAUCGGAAUCCUCAUCCUCUUCGGCGCCAUUGUCCUCAUCCUCGAGCCUCUCACUUGGUUCAUCGUCCUCCGCCGCCGCCAUCGGACCAGCCACCGUGACGUGGCUCCCUCCUCCUCCGCCGACAAGCGCUCCGUUGCCAAUGGAACCGGUGGGUCCCGCCAAGUAGUUUAGUCUAGGUUCGGUUUUUGGUUUUUUGAUGGGGUAUUCGUAGGCUUAUUUAUGUAUGUAUUGUGGAUUGUGUUCUACGUCACACAUUUUUUGGAUUUAGGCUUAUAUAUAUACGUAUUGAUUGUGUUAUAUAUGAUGCAUUUUUUUUGGA